GCGGCUGCUCGCAGGGCGCUGUGUAGAGGCGGCGGGCGAGGCGGUGCCGCCGGCCGGCCGGAAGGGCGCCUCCGCUCCGCCGCGGGGCCCGCGGUGCGGGACCCAGGACCGAGAGGAGGCGGCACCCUCCCCGCCUGGGGCCGGGCCCAGGGGCGCCCGGAGGGGUCUCGCGCGGCCGGACGUUUCCAGCGCGGAGCGCCCCCAGCGCGCCUCCCGGAGAGGCCCCCCGAGAGCUCCCGGCCGCCCCCGGGGGUGCCCUCCGCCUCCUCGGACUCACCUGCGCCGGCCGCCGGGCACCCCGGCGCGGGGGCGUGUGCAGCGCGGGCGCCUCCCCCGGCCGCCAGCGAGGCGGGGGCGGGUCCGCCCGCCGCCCUCGGCCUCCCGGGCCGCCCGCCGCCCUCAGUCUCACCGGUCCGCCCGCCUCGCUCAGCCGCGCGGCGUGAGCUCUUCGGGGACCGCGGGGUCGGGAUGCUGCCCGCCAGCGCGGCCACCCGCCCGCCGCGCGCCGCCCCGGUCCUCGCUCCUCGGGCCAUGCCCCGCGUCUCCCGUGCCGGUGCAGCCCCCGGCCCCGCCGAGCGCCGCCGAGCCCCAGCUCCCCGAGGCUGAGGCCGGCCGACCCGCCAACCGGACUGUCCGCCCGGACCCGGGCCCUCGGACUCAGCUCCCCGCCUGCCUGCCCGGCCGCCUCCGCCACCCUCUGGGCGGGCUCCGGCCCUGGUGUGCCGAGGAGGGGGGUGUGGUGUAGGGAAAGGAAUCCUGGGGAUUUCUGGCUCGCCCCCUCUUUUUGGCCUUCGGGGCCGCAGACUCAGGGAACUCGCUCAUGGCUUUCUUGAUGAAGAAGAAGAAGUUCAAAUUCCAGACCACGUUCACCCUGGAGGAGUUGACGGCGGUCCCCUUCGUGAACGGGGUCCUCUUCUGCAAGGUCCGGCUGCUGGAUGGCGGGGAUUUUGUCAGCUUGUCGUCCAGGGAGGAGGUGCAGGAGAACUGCGUGCGCUGGCGGAAGCGGUUCACCUUCGUGUGUAAGAUGAGCGCCAACCCGGCCACCGGCCUGCUGGACCCCUGCAUCUUCCGGGUGUCGGUUCGCAAGGAGCUGAAAGGCGGGAAGACUUAUUCCAAGCUGGGCUUUGCCGACUUGAACCUGGCGGAGUUUGCAGGCUCCGGCUCCACCGUGCGCUGCUGCCUGCUGGAGGGGUAUGACACGAAGAACACCCGCCAGGACAACUCGAUCCUCAAGGUCACCAUCGGGAUGUUCCUGCUCUCUGGAGACCCCUGCUUCAAGACGCCGCCGUCCACUGCCAAGUCCAUCUCCAUCCCCGGCCAGGAUUCCUCCUUGCAGUUGACGUGUAAGGGAGGCGGGACCAGCAGCAGCUGCAGCAGCAGCACCAGCUCCCUGACAGGGUCCCGGCCCCAUAAGGCCCGGCCCACCAUUCUCAGCUCAGGGCUUCCGGAGGAGACAGACCAGAACCUGUCCAGCCCCGAGGAGGUGUUCCACUCUGGCCACUCCCGCAACUCCAGCUACGCCAGCCAGCAGUCCAAGAUCUCUGGCUACAGCACGGAGCACUCCCGCUCCUCCAGCCUCUCCGACCUGACGCACCGUCGCAACACGUCCACCAGCAGCAGCGCCUCCGGGGGCCUCAGCAUGACGGUGGAGGGCCCCGAGGGGGGCGAGCGUGAGCACCGGCCCCCCGAGAAGCCGCCCCGGCCGCCCCGGCCUGCGCACCUGUCAGACCGCUCGUUCCGGCGGAAGAAGGACUCGGUGGAGAGCCACCCGACCUGGGUGGAUGACACGCGGAUCGACGCCGACGACAUCGUGGAAAAGAUCAUGCAGAGCCAGGACUUCACCGACGGCAGCAACACAGAGGACAGCAACCUCCGGCUGUUCGUGAGCCGCGACGGCUCCACCACGCUGAGCGGCAUCCAGCUGGCCAACAGGGUCUCCUCUGGGGUGUACGAGCCAGUCGUGAUUGAAAGCCAUUGAGGAGCCGGUGUCCAGCUGGAGAAAGGCCCUGCCUUCGCGGACUCCAGAUCCGCGUCAUUCCACGAGGGUCCUUCCCCUUUGGGUCACCAUCCACUCUGCAUCUCAUCUGUGCCUCCUCCAUGCACUCCAGCCCCACUGCUGCCCCACUGCAUCAUUCCAUUGUCCUCCUGUCCGCGCUGGGACCUUCCUGGCCUAGGGCCUGGGCACCACUGUGAAUAUUCUUCUCUGAACCACUAGAGGGCAGGCCCAUGAAGUAGGUGGGCACGGCAGAGAUGGCCAGGACACCCUGCUGGAGACCCACCUGGCCCCUUGAUGAGGACAUGCAGCGGCUCCGACACGUGCGGAGCUGCUUGUGGCCGAGGGGCCUCUUGCCCUGCGUCCCCACUCGCUCUAGGAGCACCAGCCCAACCAUGCCCUGGCAGGCUCUGUCCCAUUGCCCCCUUGCCCUUGGGGGCCAGUUCACCUCCAGAACCCUGCCACCGUGGCCCUCUGACUGCUUAGUUCUUCAGCUACCCCUCCCCUGUGCCCCGGGAGACCUGCUGGCGGCCUCCUCCUGGGGGCCAAGACCUCAGACCCCACCCACACUCCAGUUUGAGACUCCUUCCCCCGGCGAAUGUUCUCCUGCUGCCCGGCAGCCUGCACUUUGCACAUGCUUGUGUCCAGCACAGCCCCACCGGCCCUCGCCCGCCCUCCUCUGGUCCCUUCCCAAGGAUUCCUGGGCCCUGCCUGCCGUGCAGCCAGCGGCCCGGCCCUCACAGCCCGGCUGGCACGCGGCACCACCUCUCCUCCCUCUAGUUAGCUGCUGCUCAGGCCCGAGACCCACGCUGAGAAAGGUCUGAGCUUCGAAGACGGUUCCUCUCUGCCCGGGGCUGGGCCCUGAGCAGCUGGUUUCUUGUAGAAAGCCAGGAAGGUGCCUCCCAAGCCCUGGAGGUCUGGGGCCCGACGGGGCUGGGCGGGCACCACCCCUCUCCUCCCCUCAGGUUCAGCUGGCCCAGAAAGCCCGAGCCCUCCUCUGGAAGCUUCCCCUCUCUGGGCACGGGGUCCUUAUGGGGUUCUGGUGGGGAGCAGUCUGGCCCUGCCCCCGCCCCGCCCCGCCCCGCCCCUCACUGAGCCUCUGCUCCGGCACUUUCCUCCCUGUCCUCAGUACUUGCUUGAAGGUGGUGCUGGCUGCCAGCCAGGCCCCGGACAGAUCCCCUGCCGCUCUCAACUUUACCCAUUUUUGUAUAAACCCAGCAGGCUGGUGUUUACUUUACCCUACACUUCUUUUUUUUUUCUCUUUUUCUCCCCCUUUUUUGGGUUCGAAGUUAGGUAUUUUUCCUCCUCCAGGUGAGGGAGGUGGUUCUGUUCUCUGCCCCGCCCGCUGACCGGUCCCAGCAGCGCUGGUGAUCUGGCCGGGGUGGGAUACUGCUGCUCCCUCUGGUAGGGGUGGGAGUGAGGGGUCCUCCCCAGGCUGGGAGGGUCCCCGUCUUUCUGCCCCAGCUGGCACGAGUUGGAGUCUUGGUCUUAGAACCUCCCAGCACUGGGCCAGAACAUUUCUCGGAUUUUUUGUUUUUAAUCACCUAACCCUUUCAAAAACGAAUGCUAGAAGGUGCCUGCCGAGGCACGAUGGAGCAUUUGCUCUGGCUGGAGAAGGCUCUGCUCAGCUCUGUGGGUCCCUUACGUCCAGUGGACACCUGGCACUUUAAAAGGGGAUUGGCUGCACUGUCUCCACAGGUAGUGACCCCCAGAAGAUGGGGUUCCGCCCUUCCCGCCUGUGUCUGCAGGACUUCAGCCCAGCGGGAAGUCUGAUUCAGUUCUGGGGCUUUGGGGCAUAAAACAGCUGGCUUUGGUGCUGGUGGGAGACUCCCCAAACUAGGAACCCCAGCCUCACUCCAGAUGAGGUCUGAACUUGACAGUGACCCCAGGAGACAGAGCUUGCCACAUCCUCCCAGGCCGGGCCCUGGGCCAGGGUGAUCUGACUGCACACUCGGCCGUAACCAAAUUCCCGCUGGCUGGAGCUGGAGGCCCUGAGCCCGGCCCCACCCCGCGGGGGAGCCCUCCGGUCGCCUCAAACUCAGUGACUUCCCACUAGGCGCCCACAGCUCCUAGACUUAAAAUUCUAUAGAGAGAUAGAGAGGAAUAUAUUAGAGAUAUUUUUGGAAAGGAAUUGGUCUAUGCAAUGUCAGUUUGGAAUCUUGGAAGACAGUUUAACGUUUUUACUAGGAGAUUUAAAGAAAAUAAAAACCUACAAUAUUUUUAGGUCAUUAUUUUUGGUCACCCCACAAACUGACCACAUGGCACAAUCUGCCGGAUGGAGAAUGCCCGCCUCUUGGAGGAGAGCAGGGAAAGGGGGGGGUGGAGGGUCUUUUUUUUUUUUUAAUUCCCCUCUUUUCUAACAGAAUGUUGCCACCACCACACCCUGAUUCAGUGGGCUGUGUUUGUAUCUCUGUCCCAGCUUCUACCGUAGAAAAUAACAUUGUAAAGGGGAAUCAGCCUAGUGUCAGUGUCUUGGUUUGGGGGAAUAAUUAAACGUUGCAAUUUUUGUUUGUUAUGGCA